AUGAACAAAGGUAUUCUAGGGCUAGAACCGUCACUUCACCACCCUUCUUCUUCAUCUUCCCAUUCAUCACAACAUCAAAACCCACAAACUGUUAUCUCCAAGGGUAUGAUAAUUACCUCCAAGCCCUUCAAUCUCAACAUUGAAGAGAAUGAUUCGGUGUUUAGCAAUAACAAUAACAACGGAAGUACUAAUUCCCAAUGGCAUAGGAUGAAAUGGACUGAUUCUAUGGUAAGAUUGUUAAUAACGGUUGUUUGUUCCAAUGGUGAUGAGGCAGUUACUGAGGAGUCGGUUACUAAGAAGGGGAAAUGGAAAUCGGUUUCGAAGGUGAUGAUGGAAAAAGGGUUUAGGGUUUCUCCUCAGCAAUGUGAGGAUAAGUUUAAUGAUUUAAAUAAGAGAUACAAGAGGGUGAAUGAUAUAUUGGGAAAGGAAGUUGCUUUUAGAGUCGUUGAGAAUCGAUGUUUGUUAGAGAAAAUUGAUAACUUAUCGCCGAAAAUGAAGGUGGAAGUGAAAAAACUAUUGAGUUCCAAGCAUUUGUUCUAUCGAGAAAUGCGUGGUUAUCAUAAUGAUUGUAGCAAUAUGAAUAGUAUUGUUGGUUCGGAUAAUGAUCUCGAUGAAUGCGAAGAGUUGACGAGAAAACGCAAGAAGUUGAGGGAAGAGAUGACGGAGUUGAUCGAGGAUGGGACGAAGAGUAUAUGGGAGAAGAGGAAGUGGAUGAUGGGGAGGCUAAUGGAGUUGGAACAAGAGAGGUUGAAAUUUGAAGAAGAAGGAUUGGAAUUGGAGAAAGGAAGGUUGAAAUGGAUGAAAUAUAUCAUGAAGAAGGAAAUGGAGAUGGAGGAGGAGAAGAUAGAAAAGAAGAAGUUGAAGAUUGAGAAUGAUAAGAUGAUAAUACUAUUGCGAAAGAAGGAAGUAGAGUUGGCGAUUCAACACUAUAAAUUGGGAUGA